GGUGAAACGCUUUCCUCGAUGGGGAAGGGUGAAACGCUUUCCUCGAUGGGGAAGGGUGAAACGCUUUCCUCGAUGGGGAAGGGUGAAACGCUUUCCUCGAUGGGGAAGGGUGAAACGCUUUCCUCGAUGGGGAAGGGUGAAACGCUUUCCUCGAUGGGGAAGGGUGAAACGCUUUCCUCGAUGGGGAAGGGUGAAACGCUUUCCUCGAUGGGGAAGGGUGAAACGCUUUCCUCGAUGGGAAGGGUGAAAAAACUCUUUCGAAAGAUUAAAGAACGCUUUCCUCGAUGGGAAGGGUGA